ACGUCGGCAUGAGCAGCGCUCAUGUGACUGUGUGUAUCGUCUGGGGGGGAAAGGAACAGCUGGAAAUUAAAUUACCACAACGAUUUUUUUUUUGUUUUGUUCAUGUGACUGCUGCGAUAUUGUAGCCUGCGUCUCUUUCCGAUCAUUUUAAGUAGGUCAAACAUCAGAGUUUUAUAUGUGAGCCAACAUUACCUUUUGGUGGACAUGUCUACAGACUGUAUCACAGAUCAUAAGAUGGUGCCUGGUGAAAUCCUCAUAGGCACAGUAUUGGGAGUGAGCAUGUGGCCACAUCCCUCCCUGCCUGCAGGGAUUUAUGCAAAGGGAUGAGCCACUAAAUCCAGUCUCUUAAAGUGAUGCAGACCACCAGCAGGCCGAUUGGGUGGGGAUCCAUGAGAGAAUCUGUCAGCUGCUUGUUCCCAUUCGCAUGGCGACACUCUGGAGUCUGCAGCAGGAAGGCCAAAUUGAAAUGCAGCUUAAAAAACUGGAGCUGAUUGAAAUUUGCAGGCUGGUGGCUCAGAGCAAGCUGUCUGAGGGGAAACACCAGGAAGCUCUACCUGCCGCCCAGUUCUGCCUGCGCUGUUCCAAAGACGUCCAUGGCCCCACUAAUGUAGAAAUGGUCCCUGCCUACCUGCUGCUCGCUGAGGCCAACUUGGGUUUGGGUAAUCUAGCUGUGGUGGCAGAGCUCCUGUCCCAAGCGGAGUGGGCGGUGUUAAAGAGUCCAGAAUGUGGUCAUGGAGUCCAACACUGGCUGCACAGGAGUCUGGGCCAGCUCCACAUGGCAACUGGAAACCUGGAAGCAGCCCUGCUUUACUUUGCAAAUGAUAUAUACUUUGCCAGUGAGGAGUAUGGUCUGGACAGCACAGUCACCUGUAAUGGCUACUUUCUCAUGGCUGAUGUGUUUGCCAAACAGGGGAAGACGCCCAUUGUUCGUUCCUUGUACUCUGAGGUGGCACAUACUUGGCACUGCUAUCUGACUAAACUCCUCGAGACCCACAUACAAAAUAUCCAGAAUCCUGAUAUGUUGUUGGAGCCCUCUUAUGAUAAAUCCAAGCAAGUUGAAGUGGACAAGAUGUUGACAACCAUGUUGGAAUUUAUGCAGAAUGACUCAAGAAAAGACUCAGCUCAGAUUGCACUGGUGGCCCACUGCCUGGCCAUGCUGUGGUUUCUGGGAGGAGACUUCCUAAAGGCACUGGGAUUUUGCAGCACGGCCCUGCAGGCCAGCCAGCUGAUACCAAACCAUGACCUGACUGAGCCCAUCCAGGCCCUGCUGCAGCUGGUGCAGGGUCUACAUACAGAACCACAUCCUGGUUCUGACUAGUCACCUGCCCAUCCCUCUGCUUGAAGAGGACGUCUGCUCCAUGAGGACAUCUGUUUUAACUUCACACUGAUUCACCCCGUGUAAAUGCAGAAACCAUUGAACUGAUAACAAAUAAAACGUUUUAUGAGUGCACAGCUUAAUAACGUUUACCCAGAUGUUGUGAACUGGUAUCUUAAGCGGAUCAUAAAAAAAAAUACAAAGGGCUAGAAAAUGGCAAACAAAUGUUGAAAUGUUUGAUAAAAAGAGGAGACACAUUUUCAUUGGUUUUGAAUAAUGACUCAUCUUUAUUUUAAUCUAAAAAAAAAAAAAGAAGAGGGAUAUAUAUUUACAUCAUUUUGCACAAUUUGAAUGACAUGUUUUAGGAUCCAGUUUGUAACACUGUCAGAAUGAUACAGAACAGAAUAAUGGUGAGGGCAUUUACUAAGAAUCUUUUUUAUGCAAUGUUUUUGCUCGUACAGAGCCUCUUCAUCAAUUCAUAUAGAAUAAAAGUUACGAUUUCUAACGAAUCGUUAACAGAGAGCUGCAUCCAUUGAAGCAUAAACAUUGCAUUUUUGUCCUGCAAAUCAAAAAGUAUACUGUAAACCUUUAAGCAAACCUCAGGUUCAUUUUAACACGCUGACGUAAAAUGAACCCGAUGAUUGCAGUGAAAUCCUACAUAUUAUGUACAAUUCUGACAUUUAUUCAUUAUAUCAAAACAAAGAAUCAUCUUUUAAAAUCAUCUCACUACUAGUGUUAUUAGUACUGAAUUAUACAACAAAAGUUUUUUUGUUUUUUUUUGGCAUUCAGAUUCAUUUUCAUGUGUCGAGAGGCAGCAACAACAUUGGAAACACUUUGAUUUCCGCAUAUUCCCUUUUUCCGUUUUUUGAGCCAAAUAUACAUUAGCAGCAGUUUGGAAUUAAAUAGUAACCUUGUGCUCUGUUGUGUACACAGUGACUAGUCCAGAGGUCCAUAAAGGUUUGUUCCAGGCUGGCCAAGCACCACACAGACCAAUACACUUUCAUGUUUUACACACAAUUUUUUUUUCUUCCUUCCUUGUGUCACUAGCAUGUGAUACCCAUUUCUCUCAAGAGCUUCCAUGCUGUGUGUCCCCUUUAUCACUGAUCUAUAAAGACUGAGCAGAAAGAAACCCAUCUGAACUGGGACCAUGACUCAACUAUGAUCCUCAAAUCAACAUGAGUAAAGAAAACCAGACAAUGAAAAGGCAUUUUGUAAGUUGUUAGGGCACAGUUAAAUGAACCUGACUAGAUGUGCUCUGUCUGCAUAUGGAUGCUGUAUAAAAUACAGAUUUAAAUAACAGGGGCUGUAAGAGAGAAAUGAUCAUUUCACUCCUGCAUAUGGCUGGCUUUUUAAUGUCAUGAAAGGAUAUGUGAUCUUUGAUUUACACUGGUGUACACAAUGUAGAAUGACACAGGCUUCAAUACAAUGACAAAGACUUCCAAAAAAAAAAAGGGGACAACAACAACUGGAGAUAGUUCACCCAUGUAAGUUUUUAUGUUGGCAUGUAACUUGACGAUGAUCAAGCCCACCGGCCCCUUGCAUGUCAGGAGAGCAGACAUCAGUGGAUUUCACAGUUUGUUUGUAAGAUACUUUCAUUAUAUCGAUACCAGACAACAUCACAGUAGUGUAAAUGGUGUUAUUCUCUCAGUGGAGCCACUGUGAUCACUUGACAGCAGGGUUUUAAAAAAAAAAAAAAAAAGCUGCCUUUCCCGUUGUCUGGCGGGUUUAGAUUUGGCAACCUCAAGCAGGCCCCUUAGAUUCCAGACAGUUAGUAAAUUCGGCCCACAAGAAAGGAAGAUAAAAUCAAGCUUCACAGCGGUUUCACUUUAUUGAGACAAUAUUAGUGCACACAAACCACUUUUUUUUCUUUAAAAAUACCAUAAAUUAGGAAGAAAACAAGGAACAAUAUAAAACAAGCAAGGAAAAAAAGUGCAUGUUAACCAUGGUAUACACCACAUUGUCUUAUACUGUAGUUUACAACCUUUUUUUCAUUGUUGUUUGUGUGUCUUUUUUUUGUUUGUUUUUUUUUGUCUGCCUGUAGGUAUGUGUGUUGUGUUUUUGACAUGUCUCUAGCUCGGAUGGAUAUGUCGUGCCUUUGGGGGGGGUCAGGGGUGAGAUCCAGGCUGCUUCCCUGAGUUGUGUUCAACAGAAAGGGUUACAGUAAGAGGCUGACAACACGGACGUCACUAUGCAAAUCAACUUUGGGUUUACACUUGUGCUUUUGAUCGGAGCUGCAAAUGAUUCUUGAAUGAAUGGUGUUAUCAGGUAACUAUUUCAGAAGGUAACUCAACAGGAACAAAAACCAUAAGCAAUAAGCUCUUGGCCACUGAAAUCCCUGUAUUUUUUUCCUUUCUUUUCUAAGGAAAGAAAAUGUAACAUUCUAUUCAAAGAGACUGAAAAAAUAUAGUUUCCUCUUUUUCUUUUAUUUGUACAUCAUGCCAACAUAUUUUGCGGGUCAGAAUACUUCAUUUUUAUUUAUUUAUCAAAAAAAAAACAAGGUAAAAACAAGAAAAGUAAAAAUCUACAAAUCAUAUGACUGAGAAAUCACAUCUAAUCAAAUCCAGAAAUGUUAGCACCAAAUUUCAGUUUCAACCUUUCAAUAUUGCAGGUCUGUACAAACAGUUUGUCCACAUUUCAUAGCUUAUGAAAAAAUGUCAAUGUUGGCAGUUAUUUCAGCCGUUCCAGUUUCAUCACCUGGAUACUAGUAUGCACUGAAGCUUAUUCACUACCUAAAUAUUUACAAAAAAAAAAAAAGCUUAAAAAAAAAAGAAAUAGGAAAUAAUACACAACCACCUAUUUAGCUCUUAGACAUAAAGGGAAGGAACACCUGGUAUAUCAGGGGCCAUUUGAAAACCACAAGGAUCCUGGCUGAUAUGUACUGUAUGUUUGAAUAUCUAGGUCAUCCUAUGGCAGUGAGAAGUCACUGUUUUGAGGUAUAUUUUGUUCACACUCUCAUGUCUCGUGUUUCCUAAAUACGUUAUCGGAG